GGAGGUGAUAGUGAUGGUGCUGAUGGUGCUGGUGAUGAAGGUGAUGGUGCUGGAGGUGCUGGAGGUGCCGGUGGCAAAGGCGGUGCUGGUGAUUUCGGGGGCUCUCUCACCGUGGCCGCCGAGUUCCAGCCGCUCCCCCCGUUCCCUCCGGCAGAUCCCGCCGUGCCAACGCCAGGAGGGGCUUUGUCCUCGGCCCCCGCGGAUUCCGGACGUUCCCUCCACGUUUGGGGAGAAUCCCAACGUCCCCCCCCCUCCACCCGCCCUCCCCCGGGAACGGGGCGUGUCCGUGUCUGCCGGAAUUCCCGGAUUUCGGAGGUUCCCAACCCCCCGGAUCGUCGGGACGUUCAACCCGCGGCUUCACAGGAUUCCUUGGGAACGCCGCCCACCGGGACGGCGCCGGCGGGAAGAGGCUUCGCGGGGCUUUGCCAGGCUGGGCUUUGCCAGGCUGGGCUUUGCCAAGAUGGGUUUUACCAGGAUGGGCUUUACUGUUGGGUUCUGUUGGGCUUUGCCAAAUUGGGCUUUGCCAAGCCGGGCUUUGCCGUCGCACCGUCUCUCCGGAGAAGCCGAAAGCUCCCCGUGGAGGGGCUGGAAAAUCCCAGUGGGAUUUCCCGGGUUUUGGGAACUGAACCCCCCUGGAGGAGCCGAAGCUCGGGAUCGGGAUCGGGAUCGGGAUCGGGGGGGAUUUGAAGCCAAAAAGGAGCCGCAAGAACAACCCCAAAAAACCCCAAAACCCUCCGAGGGGUGAAGGGGGAGCACCCGGGGGGGUCCAAAACCAACCCCAAACCCCCCGAGGGGUGAAGGGGGAGGAUCCAAAUCCAACCCCAAACCCCCCGAGGGUGAAGGGGGGGGAUCCAAAUCCAACCCCAAACCCCCCGAGGGUGAAGGGGCAGCACCGGGGGGGUCCCGCCGUGUCGGGGGGAGUGCGGGGGGUGCGGCGGGAACCGAUUCCGGGGGGGAUUCCCGCUGGAUUUGGGAACACGAGGACCAGAAGCCGCCGGAGGAGCCGAUCUCAACUCACCCUUUUCCCUCUUCCCGGGGGGUUCUUGAGCCCGGAUCGGGAGCCCCCGGAGGAGCCGCCGCGGCCUCUCCUCCUCCUGGACUAAUUAACGAGCUGGGUUAACGAGCCGGGGGCUCCUCCUGCCUCUUCCUCCCCGCGCUGGGAAACCAAACCCCUUUUUGGGCUGAGACCAGCCAGGACUCGGGGCUUGAACCCCCUUCCCGAGCGUUCCCCCUGCAAAGUAAUUAAGGCAAGGAGGUUAAUUGGGCUCGAGCAGCCCCCCCGGGGGGGGGGGGGGUGAUUUCUCUUGGGUUUGAUGCCCUUUGGUCCCAACUCUUUUCCUGCUCUGGUUUGGUUUUUUUUUUAUUUAUUUUUUAGGGUUCGUUGUUUUGGGUUUUUUUUUCCUGCC